CCGUGACGACUCCCCGUUGAGGCAGGAAUGGCGGCCCUGACAAGUGCCUGUUGAGAGAGGAAUGGAACAGCCUGGGCCAGAGGCCCCCUCCCCCUCCCAAUGUGGCCGCAAGAUUCGGCCUGGUAAUACCCACUGGGACUCCUAUGCUACCACGAUGAAGACUGCAUUCACGCCUAAGACAGGAGCAAUACCUGCUUUAAUUCGUCACAAAAGCAUCCGAAGAUUAGGAUAUACAUAUUCACUUAAUGAUUCUCUUCACAAUCGGACACAAUACAAUGAUGAGUACGUUUGGAAGUUACAUUCUAAAGAAGAUUUUAUCAAAGCUAGGACUCCAAGAGAGAUUGGGAGUCACAAUUCUCACUCCAGUCAAGACUUCUUUCAAAGGACACUACCUCCAGUUCACUCAACAUCAGUGAAGAGGUACUUCCCUUGGAAAACCGCUGCUUCAAUGGACAAGGUCAGGAAGGCUGUAUCUAAUCAGUUUAUUUCCCAUACUAGGAGAGACUUUGUGGACAGAGCCGAAGCUCAGAAAAUUAAGCAAAGUUCUCAGAUGUUUCUGGAACAGAAAAAGUUACUUUCCCACCCCACAGACACUGAAUUUCGACACAAUUACCAAGUUCCAGCUAAAAUUCCUGAGUGUCAGGAUUUUAGUGUCAAAUAUGGAUGCUACUCACACCCACCAAUCGCUUCUCAGGGCCUAGUCCCUUCCGUACUAUGCAGCCACAUGAAGAAUCAGGACCGCACAAAGAGGCAGACCAUAUACCAGAGUGACUACGGGAAAGCCUACCUGGAUUUCUUAAUGAUCUUGAACUCAUUUACUCCCUCUCAAAUAACCGAGUACCUGCAAAGUGUUUCCUACAAAGACAGAAAAAUUCUUGAUCGCUUUAUUCGCUCUUACUAUGACACUGACAAAGGGAUGAAUGAAAAAGGAAAACAGUCCAAGUGAAGAAAAUCUGAAAAUCAAUGAAAGGGCCUAUGGGGCCAUUUUAUAUAAAUAUCAAGGAAAAACAAUAUCCAAAUUGUUCCAAAUAUGAUAUUCGUGACUUUGUGUAAUUUUGUUUUCUUUUAAGGGUAUAAAUCCCUACCCCAUAUCCCAACAAAGCUCUUAACUGUAUCCAGUAGGUUUUAAUAUAAAGUGUUUUCAGCCUUAGCCUGUUUGGCAGUGGAUAGAAUGCCUGCCCUCAGACUAAAGGGUUGAGGUUCCAUUCCAGUCAAGGGCCCUAGGUUGCAGGUUGAUCCUCAGCGAGGCCCCUGUGUGAGGCAACUAGUCGAUGUGAGUGUGUCUCUAUCACGUUGAUGUUCUCUGUCUCUCCUCCUCCCUUCCAUUCUCUCUAAAAAUAUCCUUGGUUGAAGCUUAACAAAAAAAAUAAAAUAAAGUGUUUUCCUAUUCUCUAUUGGGUACUUAAUCUGUGAUUUUAAUUUAGACUUCCUCUUUGAAACUUCCUCUUUGAAUUAUGCGGAAGAGGUUUCUUAAUUUUCUAAUAAUUACAGGAUUAAAACUAUUUUUAAUAUUGAUUUUGUAUUUGAAAGUACAAAAACAUGCUUUGGGAAAUUUAGCAAAGUUUUCUAUUAUGUCAAGUACAUAGGUAAUUUGUGUAUUACAUAAAUAUAAGAAAAGAAAAAAUGUAUAGUUUAUUGUAUUUUUCAAACCUCUGUAUCUGUUCUUUAAUAAUAUACUUGAACUGUCAAGUUCUGAAAGAAUAUUAAAA